AUGAAAUUGCUUUCGAUUUGGCUCUUGCUUGUGGCGAUUGCUUCCGCCCACACAGUUUUGUUGCCUCCUAAUGGUAAGCAAUGUUUCUUUGAAAAUUUGAAGAGAAACGAUGAGUUGUCCAUUAGUUUCCAAGUUGGCUCAAGAGACCCUCAGAACGCCGAACAAUACACCAUCGACUUCUACAUCACAGGCCCAAAUAACAAGGUUGAGAGAUCGUUGUACGGACUGGAUCACGGAGACGAAACCAUCAAGGCCAUGUCCGAAGGUAAGUACCAAUACUGCUUUUCUAACGAAAAAUCAAGCAGAGUGGACUUGGAUGUGUCCUUCAACGUUCAUGGAGUCAUUUACAUUGAUGUCAACGACCCAAAGUCCGAUACCUUGGACUACGCUAUCUCCAAGUUGAGCCAGUUGGCCAGCGAUGUCAAGGCUGAACAAAACUACUUGGUCAUCAGAGAGAGAACCCAUAGAAACACCGCCGAGUCCACCAACUCGCGUGUUAAGUGGUGGUCUGUCUUCCAAAUUAUUGUUGUUGCAUUGAACUCUGUCUUCCAGAUUUACUACUUGAAGCGCUUUUUCGAAGUGCGCUCGGUGGUUUAG